AUGAAUUUAAUAAUUAAAGGCAAAGAGCUUUAAUUGUAUUUUUCCAAAGAACAACUCAAUAACAUGGUUGCCAAGACGGCAAAUUAAAUCUCAGCUGAUUACUAAGAAAAGCACCCAAUUUUUAUAGGAGUUUUAAAUGGAGCUUUCAUGUUUAUGGCAGACUUGAUAAGAGCUGUUGAUCCUUAGCUUAAAUUUUAAAUUGAUUUUAUCAAAUUAUGUAGUUAUGAUGGAUUAGGUAAAUAGUCGACUGGAAUAGUAAAGGCAUUAAGUGGAUUGAAAAAUGACAUCAAAGGUCAACAUGUUAUAAUAAUCGAAGAUAUUAUUGAGACUGGAUUGACUAUUACAGCAGUCAUGGAAGAAAUGAAGAAACUAGAACCAGCUAGCAUUAAAUUAUGUGCUUGUUUUCUUAAGACUGGAAGAUAAAAAAUAAAUAUCCAGCCAGACUACCUAUGCACAGAAGUAGAGGAUAAAUUUAUAAUUGGUUAUGGAUUAGAUUGGGAUGAAUACGGAAGAGGAUUGGAUCAAUUAUAUUAUAUUUAGUGA